CUCAUUUUUACGUUCUUUUAAUGUUCAUCGAUUUACGUGCGCAUAUCACAAUAGAACCGAGAGAUGGUUUGUCUGGGCAAUUGUCUUUUGGCCUUGAGUGCUUCCGAGACAUCCUGACCUAUUGCAAAAAAAAAAAAGUGUAAUCUCGUUUGAAAGCAAUUCUUAGUUCUAACCGGCACAGCCAUACUGUUUCUUCUCUCACAGUCACACGUGAAAAUCUCGAUAUAAUCACGGAUGCCAUGAUCCUUAUCGAGAAGGAGACGUGUCUACGCUUUGUUAGACGAAGAGACCAGGAAGACUAUGUCAACCUUGUAUCCAAAGAAGGGUGCUACUCGUACCUUGGCCGCAUUGGCGGUCAGCAACAGUUGUCCUUGGGCCGCGGCUGCCUCAACCGCGGCACAGUGGCGCACGAGCUGAUGCACGCGGUGGGCUUCUUCCACGAGCACACACAUCCCGACAGGGAUCGCUACAUCGAGGUCUUCCCAAAAAAUAUUAUAAAGGAGUUCCUGCCACAAUUUCAGAAGCUGGAGCCUGAGGACGCCCUAUUGCUGACACCAUUCGACUACGACUCGGUUAUGCUGUAUGGAUCGAAUUCAUUUACCCUUAAUCCAAAUCGCCCCUCCAUGCUGGCAAAGGAUGGCAGUAGGCUCAAGGAAGUCUACGAGAAAAACGGGCCUAGCUGGUCGGAUUUUCAUCGCAUUUCCAAGCUGUACAAAUGUAGGUAGUGAUAUCGGAAUCUCGUGCGCCUGAUGUCAUUUCACAAAUAGUACAUUCCAUCAAAGAAGCCAAGAAGUGAUACGAACAUGCCUUUAAAAAGACGCCACAAGAAUAAAAAAAAACGGGAACACGUGCAGAGAAGGAAGUGGCUAUCGGUAGAAAGACGUGCGGUACUUGUGGGCCUCACUCGGUAGUCGGCACCUGAAAGAUAAGACGGGCUACCGCACACUGCGAAUACAGUGUGAUUCGGUGUUUUAAUAGGCUACGAACACGCCUUCAAAGAAUAAA